AUGUCUCAAAGUUCCCAGGAAGCUGCGACAGCGAGAUACAAAGCUUUGAAAGAAGAUUUCGUGUCCAACCUUACGGGCGGCACCAUUAGCGAAAUCAACUACGUGACUGCCGUAGCACCCGUAGCAGUUAUACUCUGGUCUAUCUUGCAAUCGCGUCACGGCCUUUUCAAUUCGCCGAAUGUCUGGACAAUCACAACUGAUUUCCUCAUUAAUGUCGUGGCCAUUCUACUCGCUACAACGCUGUAUGCCUUCAAUCCGCUAUUGCUCAGUAUUCUUCUCCUAGCACCCGCUUGCCUCCUCUUGCUACUCCCGCCUCUCGCAAAGCCGCAAAAGAAGACGAAUCUCAAGUCUUUGAAGAGAGCAGGUCUUCAACAUGAAGUCGUUUCACCGACGGAUCCUCGCUAUCGCCUACCGAAGCGCCCUUUCUUAACCAUGUAUCGUGGGAGCAUGCUUGUAAUUACCUCUCUGUCUAUUCUAUCCGUGGACUUUCGCAUUUUUCCUCGACGUUUCGCCAAAGUUGAAAACUGGGGCACGUCCUUGAUGGACGUAGGCGUUGGCUCGUUUGUGUUUUCGGCGGGUAUUGUGGCCAUGCGCUCGAUCAUACUAUCAGAAAACCAGCAGGCAGGUCUCUUUAGAAGAUUAUUGAAAUCUGGGCGGCAUAGCCUGCCGCUGCUGGUCUUAGGCCUCCUACGGCUUUGGAGUGUAAAGGAGCUAGACUACGCAGAACAUGUGUCCGAAUACGGGGUACAUUGGAAUUUCUUCUUUACUCUCGGUCUCCUACCUCCCUUUGUCACCCUCUUUCAAUCAGCAUUCCGCUAUCUACCUUCGUAUGCUGGGCUCGCAGUCGUGCUCGCAACUGCCUAUCAGCUUGCAUUAGAAUACACUAAUCUCAAGGCAUACAUAUUGGUCGCGCCGCGAGUAGAUCUUUUGAGCAUGAAUCGAGAGGGAAUAUUCAGUUUCAUCGGAUACCUCGCCAUAUUUCUCGCCGGGCAAGGAACUGGUCUCUUUGUGCUGCCGCGACAUCUCCUCCCCACUAAUACCUCGGGCUGGCAGCAAAGGAAACAGCUCUUACUUAAACUCAUUAGCUGGUCAAUAUUCUGGGUAGUGCUAUUCAUAUUCAGCACCAAUAGAGUCUACGGGCUUAAUUUACAAGUAUCACGUCGCCUCGCAAACUUACCCUACUUCUUUUGGAUUGCCGCAUUCAACUCUUGCCAACUGACUGUAUUCUGCCUUGUGGAAACGCUUUUAUUUCCCGAUGUCUGGAAGUCAAUGAACUGUUUGUCGAAAACGGAGGAAGAAGAGUUAUAUCGUGGCGCUACUAGUCGGAUUCUGGAUGCCUUCAAUCGUAACGGGCUCUUUGUAUUCCUUGUAGCCAAUUUGUUAACAGGUGCCGUGAAUUUAUCCAUUUCGACGCUGCAGUGUGGACAUAAACUUGCCUUUUCUAUCCUAGUCGUGUACGGUGCCUUAGUUACGAGCGUGGCUUUGUUCUUGGACAGGUUGGAUGUCAGUGUAAAAAUAUAG